GCACGCCCAGCCUGUUCGUUGGGUCCUCCUUCUCCACCCAGCCGCCGGCCCGUCGUCCUCCUCCACGCCCCCACCCGCGGGCCUCCGCCGCGUCCACAUCUGGAGCUCCUCGGUCCCAUCCCAUCCCAUCCCAUCCCGCCCCGUCCCCGGCGGUGACCAGCUGGAGCCUCCUCCUCCUCCCAGGGGCCGCGCCUCUCUCUCUGCUAAGCUGGACUGGACUGGGCAGAGGAUCCACUCAGCCUGAUUUCUCUUCUCGGUGGCAGAUCCACAGGUGGAGCUAGUAUCAACAAUGUCAGAUCCUGGUAAGGAUGGCAAUAUGCAGCAGCUAGUCCCAAUGGCACCACCGGCAAGGGUUUCUGGUGGUGAACUAGUGGCAAAGGCUUCUGUUGCUGACAGUGGAAAGCAGCUGGCGCUGGUGGAGGGUGGAGGAAAGAGCUCGGGAGGGGUCAAGCUACGGGAGGAUGUGGAGGACAUAGAGGUGAAGCUGAAGCGCAUCAUGGACAAUGUCCCUGUCCGUGCCAGCAACACCUCUGGGUCCUCCGCUGGUUCUGGCUCUGGCGACUUCCACCAGUAUCGGCAAAUGAGGAGAAGGGAACAGGACCGAAUAACGAGGAUGGAGACUGAUUACGAAAAGAGGAAGCAGGUGGCCGAGUUCAAUCUGCGGAGGGAGGAAAGGCUAAAAGCAGCUGAGGAGCGUACAUCCAAGAAGCGCCUGAAGCGCCAAAAGAAGAAGCAGCGAAAGAAUGAAAAGCGGGCCAAACCAAGCGGUGGCGGCGAGGAACCCAAUAGCGAAGCAGUACCUAAGCAGGUGGAGGAGUCAGACGAUGACGAUGAGGGUUCGGAUUACGAGGGCGACGACAAGUUUAAGCAAUGCAAAUGAAGUUGCUGUUAAAUUGCAGACCGCCAUUCCUGACUCUUGGAUAUUACUUUUCAUCACUAGUAGGGGUUCUGGAUGAUAAGGAAGACUGGGGGCAUGAACUAACAUCGGGUGCUUGUUUUUUGUAGUAAUAGAGACUCGGAAACAUACAUGCUAGAUUGGGGGCAUUGGGCGCCCUGUUAGUUUGUUUUGGAAACGCUUGUCUGCUGUAAGAUGGCAACCGGACGCAUGUUAGUUUGUUAUGAAAUAUUAUGUGUACCUUUUACUGAUGACAUGGCCAUGCAUGAAACAUGGUGCUGGUUUUCUU